AUGCACAACACUGACACAGACAUAGCAUUAAUUUCAGAACCAUAUAUCGGUAACUCAAAACAUGUCAAGAACAUGCAAGGCUUUAACGUUUUUCAGGCUGAUGGCGCCACGAAAGUACGGGCCUGUAUCUUGGCGAAAACACACAUUCACGCGAUCACACUCACACAAUUCACCACGGACGACCUUUGCGUUAUUUCCAUCCCCACAAAAAAUUAUAAUAUAUACGUAGUCUCGAUUUACAUUGAACCGCGCACAGAUACAAAUAAUAUUCUAAAUAAACUAGAUCAAUUUUUACACACGCACAACGGCUCACACAUAAUAAUAGGCGGCGAUUUUAACGGAUGGCACAGCACUUGGGGCAGUUCCGCUGACAACCCACGAGGAGUAGAAGUAGCUGACUUUAUAUCAACCCACGACCUUCAGUUAGGAAACGUAGGCCAAACCCCCACAUUUCAAACGAUUACGCACGGACAGAAACGCACCUCUAUUAUAGACCUAACGCUCUAUUCCCCCAAUCUCAUUAGCAAAAUAAACGACUGGCAAGUACACCCGGGACACUUUCCAUCCACACAACACAACCACAUUACAUUCGCGAUUAAUCUCACACAAUCUCCCGCGCUGACCAACAAUACUCAUAGCACAUUCCUAUACCAAACAAACAAAGGUAACUGGCAUUUAUUCAAAGAACACCUCCACACCAAAAUCUUUAAUUCAGGAAUCUUAGACAAAAACAUAGAUGCACUAACGGACAAACAAUUAGAGCAAACCAUCAUUACCCUCACUGAAAUUAUAAACGAUGCCAGCACCCUAACUUUUCCCAUAAGAAAUAACGGAAUCAAACCCAGGCCCCCAUGGUGGUCGGAUGAAUUACAGUCCUUGAAAGAGGAAUGCAUCCGAAUCCACCGUCGCUUGCAUAACUCACGCGGACGCCCUCCCGACCCAAACACCUUAGAUGAAUACAAAACCCUUAAAGAAAACUACGCAGACAAACUUAAACAGACUUCAACACAAAGCUUUCGAUCAUUUUGCUCCCUCCAAACAAAAGAAAAUGUCUGGUCACUAACAAACAGAUUGCUAAAAUCACGUGGACCGAACCCACCACCUCAAACGCUACGCAGGAAGGACAACACAUACACAAAUACUGCAGAAGAAACCGCUCAAGAACUACUAAAUCAUUUUUACCCAGACGACGGACUAGAUACCGACCCUGCCCACACUCAAAUUCGCAACACAUCAAACGACUUACCAAACACACAGAACGACCCAGACUUCUCCCAAGAAGAGGUGCUAGAAAUCCUCAAUAACAUGAAUCCAAAUAAAGCUCCAGGCCAUGACCACCUUACGAGUGAUAUAUGCUCCAUGGUGGCAAACCAAUACCCCGAACUACUCACAAACUUACUGAACCGAUGCCUUUCACUCGAAUACUUCCCAGUCACAUGGAAAAGAACCGUAGUAAAAGUCAUCCCUAAACCUUCAAAAGCAGACUACACCGACUUAUCAUCAUAUCGCCCAAUCGGCCUUAUACCCGUAUUUGGAAAAACGUUAGAGAAACUGUUCACUAGGCGCGUCAUAUACUCGGCACAACACAACAAAACACUAAACACCACACAAUAUGGAUUCACCCAACAGACAGGCACUACACAAGCCAUACUUUCAGUAAUCAACAAAGUCAAAGCCUCAAAACAAAAUCACCACGAAACACUAGCAGUCUCACUGGAUAUUAAAGGCGCUUUCGAUAACGCCUGGUGGCCAGCUAUCCUUAGCGGACUUAGGGACGUCGGAUGUCCAUUGAAUAUCUACAAACUCAUAAAAAACUACCUUUCGGAACGAACAGUCAAUCUAACCAUAGGCGAACACACGACCAUCAAAACCAACAGCAAAGGCUGCAUACAAGGAUCGGCAUGCGGACCCGUACUAUGGAACAUACUAAUAAAUAAACUACUCAACACAACUUUACCACCUGGCUGCCACUUACAGGCAUUCGCGGACGAUGUAGUAUUAAUAGCCACCGCUCCCGACAUCAAUAAAUUACAAGAAAUCACAAACACCUCUCUCGACAUAAUCUUCCACUGGGGAAAGAGCGUAAAACUCGAAUUCGGUCCGGAAAAAACCCAACUCAUACAUUUUACAAACAAAGCGCAACAAACAAAUAUCAAAAUAAACAAUAUUAACCUUAGACCCUCAGACUCAAUAAAAUACCUAGGAGUCAUCAUAGACCGGAAACUAACCUUCAAAAAACACAUAAACCACAUAACCCAAAAAGCGCAAAACAUCUUCAACAAACUUUGCAACUUUAUAAGACCCACUUGGGGCAUACAUACUGAAAACAUAAAAAUAAUAUACCACAUGGUCAUCGUUCCAACAAUAACAUACGCCGCGGGAGUAUGGGGCAAAGCCGCAAACACAAAAACAAAUAAAAACAAACUUCUCUCGAUCCAACGUAGAUUCGCUAUAAAAGCCAUUCGCGGUUUCCGGACCAUAUCUACAAAUGCAGCUCUCGCACUAGCAGAAUUUCUCCCACUAGACAUUAAAAUCAACGAAAUAAAUUGUAUCGAAACAGCCCGCGUUGAACGUAAAACCGACUUAAUCCCAUCGGACAUCCCCAUUGAAACCCCAGUCCAUCCCUCAAAACUAUUACACCCCGCAAACCGAAAAGGCAUCAGACACACUACAUAUAAAAAUAACACACAUAAACACAUUCAACCCACUCCGCAUAACAUUUUCACCGAUGGUAGCAAGCAGGAAGGCGGAGAGACUGGAGCAGCGUUCAUCAUUCAUGCACCUAACACAAACAACAUAAUCCAUACACGUAAGAUUAAACUUCACUCCACCAGUAGUAUAUUUCAAGCGGAGCUAUUGGCAAUCAAAGAGGCGUGCAAAUGGGCCACUAAACACAAAAUAAGUAGUAUUAUCCACUCAGACUCACAAUCCGCACUAGCAGCUUUGGAGCAACCUUCCAGCACGAAUCCUCUAGUCAAUAGCAUACACAAUACACUACACCACAACAAACACACAAAAAUACAUUUCAAAUGGGUUCGAGCCCAUACCGGCAUCAUAGGAAAUGAGGAAGCAGAUGCCGCUGCUAAAGCAGCUUCCAAAGCCCAUAAGGCUCCCGAUUUCAUCAAUUGCCCCUUAUCUCACAUAAAACACAUCGCACGAUUAAAUUCCUACACCAACUGGGAAAAGAGGUACUUGGAGGAGCCCACGGGGGCAACAACCAGGGAGUCCGGGUUCGGCAGCCUCGCCGGGGAUCGCCCUCGGACGGGGGCAUCGGGGACGGAAGAGCGGGUCGCGGCAGAAGUGGACGGAACCACCCUACCUGGACCCUUUGGUCCCUUCUUCUUCGCCGCCGCAGCGGCCGCAGGAAGGUCCCUGCCUCUUCCGUCUGCCGCCAAUGGCGGCCUGAUAGUUUUAGAAAAAAGCAACGAACCACAAAACCCCAAAACUAAGAGUCCGCAAGGUCAAGGUCUAGUGCAGAGACAGGUGGUGCGAUUCUCCCUCUCUCCACCAGCACAACAAAAGGUGCAGGCCAAGCAGCUGCCGCCGAAACCUAUUCCGCCAAAAGCGUGCGAACCUGCAAAAAUGAAGGGGGAAAAGAAGGUCGCAUUAGCUGUGAACGCAAAAAGGGAAGAAAGAAAAGGCCAAGGUGAAGGGGAAGGGAAAACAGAAAGGGAUGGAGAAAAAGAAAACGUAACGGGACUACUGGACAGGAUAGAAAAAUUAAUCGAUGACUCCCGCAACUUGAGAGGGGAUAUAAAGGAGGGCAUCAAGAAAGCGUUAAGAUCCCUACGCCAAAUAGCGAAAGAAACAAAAGAAGGAGGCAACAAACAACACGGAGAAGGAAGGAGAGAAGUACAAACUCAGACAGAAGAGGAAAGAAGAGAAAAGAUAGAGACAAGGAAAGAAAAAGGAAAGGAAGGGGACCUUAUGAGGGAAUUGCGGGAACAGAGAAUGAUGAUAGAAAAAGAGGAAAUAAAGGAAGCAUUAGACCAAGGGAAUAGAGUGAUAAGCGAAUUUAGAACAUACGCUAGCGUGGCCGCGGCAGCAGGGAAAACAGGGGAAAAUGGAAGGAAGAAGAUAGAACAAGAAUCGGCAAAGUACGCAAUAACAGUCGCAUCGGAAGGAAAGGAAACGAGCGGAGAGGUACUAGAGGAAAUAAGGAAGACAGUAGAUGCAAAGAAAACAGGCCUCAGAGUAGACAGGAUUAGGAAAAUAAAGGACCAAAGGGUAAUAGUAGGAUGUGAAAGUAGGGAAGAAUUGGAAAGAGUAAAGGAGAAACUAAGGAAAAAUAAUAAACUGAAAGUCGAAGAGGCCUUAAACAAAGACCCGCAAAUAAUCUUGAGGGAUGUCUUGAGCGUCCACACAGACGAGGAGAUUGUGGCAGCGCUCAAGACACAAAAUAGGGAAAUAAUGAAGGAAGUAAAGAAGGAAGAAGAGGAAAGAAUAACAGUCAGAGAGUCGCUCUUGGUAGCCCAGGCCAACCUGCAGAGGAAAGACGUGGCGACCACUGAAUUGAUACUGGAAGGGCAGAAAAGGAGAAUGGAUAUGGCGCUGAUACAGGAGCCGUAUGUCGGGAGAGAAGGAAAGAUGAAAGAAUACAGAGGCACCAGAGUCUUCCAAUUCGUGGGCAAAGCAGACAAGCGAAAACCCACGACCAGGAUGUGUACAUGUGUUUCAUACUACUUCGAACCCACGCCCACGCCCAUAGAACCAUACCUUAAUGAGCUUCGAAGGAUCCAGAAGUUGGUGGGCCCUAGUGUCAUCUUCGCAGGCGACGCCAACGCCAAGAGCGACCUCUGGGGAGGAAGGAUUACGGACAGGAGGGGGGAAAGCCUAAUGGGAUCAAUCUCAGAAAUGGGGGCAUAUGUGGCGAAUGAAGGACUAACGCCUACAUUCGACACAUAUAGAGGAGGAAAGAGAUACAGCAGCUAUGUCGACGUUACAUUCCACACGGCCAAUCUGUUAGGAUUGGUCGGGGAAUGGAGGGUCGAGGAGGCGCUGACUAGCUCGGACCACAACACCAUUCUAUUCGAGAUAAAGAAAACUAAAUUAAAAGGGACAAUGAUAGAAAGGACUACUAGGAUAUACAAAACGGGGAAGGCGCACUGGACUGAUUUUCGCGAGAAAAUCGGCCAGCUGCUAGAAAGGAAAAGUAUAAGCGUAGAGAUCCUAAACAAGAUAGGAACAGAAGAGGAGCUGGAUAGGGUGGUCGAGGAGUACACGGAAAUGAUAAAAGAAGUAUGUGAGGAAAGCCUACCGAAGCUAAACAAGACGAGGAAACUUACCGUACCAUGGUGGACCCCGGAACUGACAGCGUUGAAAAACCAAAUGAGGACCAAGAAGAGAAGAAUAAGAUGCGCUGCACCAACCAGAAGACUGCACGUAGUUGAAGACUACCUGAAAACAAAAGAAAAAUAUGAAGUUAGUAUCAAGGAAGCGAAGUUAAGAAGCUGGAAAGAGUUCUGUGGUAAACAAGACAGGGAAGGGAUGUGGGAAGGGAUAUACAGAAUAAUAAACAGAACAGAAAUAAGGAGAGAAGAUGUACCCCUAGUAAAAGAAGGACAGGUGCUAGGAAUGCGGGAAUCGGCGGAGCUGUUGGCCAGGACCUUCUACCCGGACGAUGACGACGACAAAGACCAGCCGGUGCAUAAGGAAAUCAGGACAAGGGCUUUAGGGGUAAACGAGGGCCCUAGCGAUGAUCCUCCCGAGCCCCCGUUUACGGAACACGAACUGGACAGAGUCCUGAGCUCCUUUAACCCGAAGAAGGCACCGGGAAGUGACGGACUGACCCUGGACAUAUGUAAGGAGGCAAUUAUGGCCGACCGGACACUCUUUCUCGCGCUCAUUAACAAGUGCUUAGCCAUAGGACACUUCCCCACCAUCUGGAAGGAGGCCACAGUGGUGAUUCUCCGGAAGCCGGGCAGGACAGAAUACACGAUCCCGAAGGCUUACCGACCGAUCGGCCUCCUUCCAGUGAUGGGGAAGAUCGCGGAGAAACUGUUGGUGGCAAGAGCCAGCUAUCACAUAGUGCCAUAUCUGAGCGCGAGACAGUACGGUUUCAUGCCGCAGCGCGGAACCGAGGACGCCCUCUACGACCUGCUGAGCAACAUAAAAGCCCGCAUCUCCGAGAAAAAGAUUGCGGUGCUGGUCUCACUGGACAUAGAGGGCGCCUUCGACAGCGCAUGGUGGCCGGCCAUAAAAUGCAGACUGGCAGAGGCGGGCUGCCCGACAAACUUACGUCUUGAAAAGAAGGGAGUCUGCGCGCAAGCGUUCGCGGACGAUGUAGUCCUGCUCUUUGACGGCCACACUGCCAGCGAAAUUGAGGGGCAGGCCAAUGCAGCCCUCUCUUAUGUCCAGGGGUGGGGUGUCGUGAACAAGCUGAAAUUCGCACCGCACAAAACUAAAGCUUUGGUAGUGACGAAAAAGCUAAAGCACGACACCCCGCGCCUGAGCAUGGGCGGGGAAGGGAUUGAGGUUGUGAGGGAGGUGAGGCUACUCGGACUUGUAAUCGACGAGAGCCUCACCUUCAACACCCACGUCAAAACCACAUGCGCAAAGGCCUACCGGAUAUUUCGGCAGUUGGCAAGAGCAGCCAAAAUCAGUUGGGGUCUGGACACAUCGAUCAUCAGGACAAUCUAUACUGCAGUGAUAGAACCAGUCCUGAUGUAUGCCGCGGGCGCUUGGGGGCAGGCAGUAAGUAAGAAAUGUGUGAAAGUGCAGUUAGAUAGAAUUCAAAGAAUGUUUUUACAAAAGAUGUGCAAGGCGUACAGAACCGCUUCCUUACACUCGGUUCGAAUUCUUACCGGGGUCAUACCCCUAAAUCUAAGGAUUGAGGAGGCAGCGGUUCUGUACAGAGUGAAAAGAGGUCUCAUGCCCCCCCCGUACCUCGACGCGUCCAUGGUAACAAGGACUAAACCGACAGAUCUCCCACACCCUGCCGACGAGCCGCGUCUGUCGUUCGAACACUACAAGACAGAACUAAGACUCGACGAACAGGCAGACGCGACAAAUAUCUAUACUGACGGAAGCAAGACCGACGACGGGGUGGGAGCAGCAGUUGUUCUGCGACGACUCGACAAAGAGCUUAAGACCGUGAAGAUUAAACUGGCGACGUACUGCACUGUCUUCCAGGCUGAGAUGGUGGCGCUGCACAAGGCAAUACAGCUGGCGACGAAAGUCAUUAGUCCCAAAAUAAACCUGUGCAGCGACUCCAGAUCAGCCUUGGAGGACAUAGUGAGCGGUCGCUCCCUCAAUCCCCUUGUGGUGCAAACCAGGAGGACCCUCAGGAGCCUCUCCAAAUGUAAAGAAGUGAGGCUCUUCUGGAUUAAGGCACACGUGGGCCACGAGGGGAAUGAGAGAGCUGACCAGCUCGCUAAAGAGGCCGCGACUGACAGAAAAAGAAAACCCGACUUUGACAAAUGUCCAGUCUCGACUGUUAAAAGACUAUUAAGGGCGGACUCGGUGCGACGGUGGGAGGAGGAAUACAACGGAGGGACAACAGCCUCAACCACCAAAAUCUUCCUCCCAACCGUCGCAACCGCGAAUAAACUAAUAAAAAAGAUAGGACUGGACAGCGGGUUAACACAGGCCCUAACGGGCCAUGGUGGUUUCGCUGCCUACCUCCACAGAUUUAACUGUAAGGACGAUCCCAUUUGUGCCUGUGGAGGUGGUGACGAAACAAUAAUACACCUGUUGACCCGCUGUCCAAUCCACAGUAGUGACAGAACCGAUUUGGAACACAGACUGGACAUUGACUUGACCGAGGACAGACUGUCAGAAGUCUUAGGAGACGAUAAAGCGAGGCCUGUUCUUAUUAAGUACAUAAGAAAAGUAGUACGGAUGGCAAACGCCAGGAACAAAUAA